AGCCGUCAUGAGCCACCACCCGUCGGGCCUCCGGGCCAGCAUCAGCUCCACUUCGUACCGCCGCGCCUUCGGGCCGCCGCCCUCUCUGUCCCCUGGGGCCUACUCCUACUCCAGCUCUCGCUUCUCCGGCAGCCGCCUGCUGGGCUCGGGGUCCCCGAGCUCCUCGGUGCGUCUGGGCAGCUUUCGGGGACCCCGGGCAGGCGCGGGCGCCCUCCUGCGCCUGCCCUCCGAGCGUCUCGACUUCUCCAUGGCCGAGGCGCUCAACCAGGAGUUCCUGGCCACGCGCAGCAACGAGAAGCAAGAGUUGCAGGAGCUCAACGACCGCUUCGCCAACUUCAUCGAGAAGGUGCGCUUCCUGGAGCAGCAGAACGCGGCCCUGCGCGGGGAGCUGAGCCAGGCCCGAGGCCAGGAGCCCGCGCGCGCCGACCAGCUGUGCCAGCAGGAGCUGCGGGAGCUGCGGCGGGAGCUGGAGCUGCUGGGCCGCGAGCGCGACCGGGUGCAGGUGGAGCGCGACGCGCUGGCGGAGGACCUAGCGGCGCUCAAGCAGAGGUUGGAGGAGGAAACUCGCAAGCGAGAGGACGCUGAGCACAACCUUGUGCUCUUCCGCAAGGACGUGGACGACGCCACCCUGUCCCGCCUGGAACUAGAGCGCAAGAUUGAGUCUCUGAUGGAUGAGAUCGAGUUCCUUAAGAAGCUGCACGAGGAGGAGCUGCGAGACCUGCAGGUGAGCGUGGAGAGCCAGCAGGUGCAGCAGGUGGAGAUGGAGGCGACGGUGAAGCCGGAGCUGACGGCGGCGCUGAGGGAUAUCCGCGCUCAGUACGAGACCAUCGCGGCGAAGAACCUGCAGGAGGCGGAGGAGUGGUACAAGUCCAAGUACGCGGACUUGUCCGACGCCGCCAACCGCAACCACGAGGCCCUGCGCCAGGCCAAGCAGGAGAUGAACGAAUCCCGACGCCAGAUCCAGAGCCUGACGUGCGAGGUGGACGGGCUGCGCGGCACGAACGAGGCGCUGCUCAGGCAGCUGCGGGAGCUGGAGGAGCAGUUCGCCCUGGAGGCGGGCGGGUACCAGGCGGGCGCCGCGCGGCUUGAGGAGGAGCUGCGGCAGCUCAAGGAGGAGAUGGCGCGACACCUGCGCGAGUACCAGGAGCUCCUCAAUGUCAAGAUGGCCCUGGACAUCGAGAUCGCCACCUACCGGAAGCUGCUGGAGGGCGAGGAGAGCCGGAUCGCCGUGCCCAUCCACUCCUUUGCCUCCUUGAACAUUAAGACGACGGUGCCUGAAGCGGAGCCUCCUCAGGACAGCCACAGCCGCAAGAUGGUUCUGAUUAGAACCAUCGAGACCCGGGAUGGGGAGCAGGUGGUGACUGAGGCCCAGAAGGAGCAGCACAGUGAGCUGGACAAGUCUUCCACUCACACCUACUGAACCCCACCCCACCCCCAUGCGGCUCCCCGCCCCUGCCCUGGGCCUGCUGUCAGCCCACACCCCCCAGCCAGCCCUGAAUCACUCUCUCAUCUGAACGAGUCUCCACAGUGGCAUCCAUCACCCCUCCCCUCGCCCUGCGGCCACGCCCUGCCCUGACGUAGCUGUGACCCGUGUAAGCGCACUCCCGAGGAAGAAGCUCAUGACCCCACCCCCCCAGCCCCCAGGAACGAGCCUGCUCCA